CACUGCAAACAUGGCUGAAGAUAGUAAGACUGAAGUAGAAGAGGAAAACAUUUUGUAUGAUUUACUAAUAAAUACCGAAUGGCCACCGGAGACCGACACUCAGUUACGGGGCAACAAGGAGCACAGCUCGUCUGUAAUUGCCAAGGCCGUGACAGGCCCUUUUAGGUUCAUCCUACACUAUCUGUGGUACAGCCCUUCUAGCUCCUCUCUGCCCCCUGGCCUGGUCCGAUUGGCAAACAAGCAGAUCAACUGGCAACUGGUGCUUGCAAGUAAUGGGAAGCUGCUUGCUGUAGUCCAAGACCUGUGUGUGGAGAUCAGGUCUGCAAGAGAUGACUUUGGCUCGGUCAUUGGAAAAUGUCAGGUGCCCAAGGACCCCAGUCCCCAGUGGCGUCGGGUGGCUUGGUCACAUGACUGCACCCUGCUGGCGUUCGCCGACAGUACCGGCACGGUUCGUGUCUUCGACCUUAUGGGCAGCGAACUGUUCAUCAUCCCCCCGGUGGCCCGUUUCCCGGGCGACUUCAGCUAUGCGGCAGCCGGCCUGAUCUUUCUGGAAUACACGGUCAGUGCUCAGUGGUCCGCAGAGCUGCUCGUCAUCACAUACGGGGGUGGGCUCAAGAGCUACCUGGUCAGUGUGGGGACCAAUCAGAGCUACCAGGAGAACCACAGCUUCAGUUUCACUUGUCACUACUCCCACGGCAUCACCGCAGCCUUAUACCACCCUGGUCAUCGGUUGUUGCUGGUGGGGGGGUGUGAGUCAUCUGCUGACGGUGUGUCCAGGGCAACGAGGUUCGGUCUCACGGCCUGGCGAGCUCUGUCCGGCCCCCCUCACUACAAACAGGUCACCAGCUACGAGGACGACGCCAGCGCUCAAAGUAAAGGUUUCUUCAGGAUGCCAAGCUUCAGACUGUUCUCCAGGCACAGCAAUGAACAGGACGGUGUGUUUCGUAUGAGUCUAUCUCCUGACGGUUCCCUCCUGGCCGUCCUCCACUUCUCUGGCCGCCUGUCUGUCUGGAACCUCCCUUCACUCAGACAGGCAGCGUCCUGGGAGCAAGAGCAACAGCCAGGAUAUGAGGAGAUCAACCCCCAGUGGAAGACCUCUCUAGAGAAGAGGAGGAAGAUAAAAGAUAAGGAGCAGUACUACUCUCUUUGUGAUGUGGCGUGGUGGUCUGAGUGUGUGUUGAUCUUGGCCCGCUGUUCCGGUUCUCUGAGCGUGUCGUCUGUCAGAACCCUACGGAACCUCCUGGGGAAGAGCUGCGAGUGGUUCGAACCCUCCCCAAGGGUGACCUCUGCCCAUGACGGGGGCUUCCUCAGUCUGGAGUGUGAGGUCCAUCUUGCCCACAAGAGAGGUCGUCUCGACACUAACCAGGUGGGUGUGGCUACCGAGGAAGAGGAAGGAGAGGAAGGUGACUCUGAAUCCGACGAAGAGUCCUCAGCCAAGGCCCGUUACUCCGGUUACGUGAAGCAGGGACUGUACUACAUCACCGAGAUGGAACGUUUUGCGCCACCACGCAAACGUCCCCGUACCGUCGUCAAGAAUUAUCGUUUGGUCAGUUUGCGCUCCACCACUCCAGAGGAGCUGUACCAGAGAAAGAUUGACAGUGAGGAGUAUGGUGAAGCAUUGUCCCUGGCCCAGGCGUACGGGUUGGACUCAGACCUGGUUUACCAGAGGCAGUGGAGGAAAAGCACCGUCAGCAUCGCAUCUAUACAAGACUACCUGAGUAAGAUUCGUAAGCGGUCUUGGGUUCUCCAUGAGUGUGUGGAGCGCGUCCCGGAGAACGUGGACGCUGCCAAGGAGCUUCUGCAGUAUGGUCUGAAGGGAACCGACCUGGAGGCCCUCAUCGCUAUUGGAAACAGAGAGGAUGGGGGCAGGUUCAUCUUGUCAGGUGACUUGGAUGUAGCUGACGUUCCAUAUGAAGAGCUUCUGUCUGUGGAAGAGGAGAUGAAGAUGAAGAGCGAAAGGGAGAACAGGAAGAGGCAGGAGCUACUGGCCAAGAUAAACUUCAAACGGUUGACCCUGGAGCAGAAGGAGUUGUGUCGAAGCCGACUGAAGCUGCUGUCUUACCUGGAUCGUCUGGACACCUACGAGGAGAUAUUAGGAGGCCCCCAGUCUGCUGAAGAGAGAUACGAUGCAGAAUUUUUUAAAAAGUUCCGGAACCAGAAUAUUGUUCUGUCAGCAAGAACCUACGCCAGGGAGAGUAACGUCCAGGCGUUGGAUAUCCUGUUCUCCUUCCACGGAGCCGAGCUUCUCCAACACCGACUGGCUAUCCUCUACAACUUUCCAGAAACCACCUCACCACACGAGUACACCCACCUGCUGCCUGAGGCCUGUGUGCACGAAACAGGUGGUCUGAGUUUGAUCCCCUGGGAGGAGCAGAGGCACAGAGAAACUGACUGGUGUGAAGAUGAGGAGUGCAGGAUCGUACUGGACCAGAAUCUCGAGGACACCGCCCACUUCCUGUAUGAGGAUACUCCUGAUUUGCUGCGGUUCCGUACGGCCACACCCUCUAUUGACCUCCUGACUGAAUGGUAUCUGAGUCGUGCCCAGGACAUUGACGCCUGCUCUAGACAGGUGGACUGUGCGCUGUCAUUGGUUCGCCUAGGGAAGGAGCGGAAGAUCCCUGGCCUGGAGCGGAUGUGUGACGACCUGGUCACCAUGGAGACGUUGGUGUAUGAGUCGGCGUGUGAGCUCAACCUGACCCUGCGGGACCUGCAGCAACUCAGUGACAUCAACAAGCUCCGCCUCCUCAUGAAGAACUCCAGUCCUGAGCGCUACGUCAAAGACGUGUUCCAGUGGCUGGUUCCCUUCCUGCACCGCUGUGAGAAACAGAAAGGGGGCGCUAGCGAGGCGCUCCUCAGAGAAUACCUGGUCACUCUCUCCAUCCACGACCUCUCACUGCCCCUGGCUGUCUUCCAGCACUCCAGGCCUGACAGCAAACAGAAGGUUCUAGGAGACCCGGACCAGUUGAUGAGCGUCGCCCUGGAGUGCAUCUACAGCUGUGAGAGAGACGACCAGCUCUCCCUGUGCUACGACAUCCUGGAGUGUCUUCCUCAGAGGGGCUAUGGGCCGGAGACGCAUGCCACCGCUUCACUUCACGAUCAGGUGGACAAACUGGAAAAACACCUCAGUGUGGUGGAGGUGCUGGAGAAGCAUGGUCUCCAGAAGUCUGUCUCCUACGUGAGGAGCAGCCAGACCAGCGCUGAAGAGGCUCACGCUGUAAUGGUCAAGCUCUGCCGCCACACGGGACGCAGAACUGCCCCCGGUAGUGAGUCUGUGUGGAGAGGUCUCCUUCAGGAUCUAUUGGACAUGCAGAGCAAUGUCUACACCUGCCUACAACCUGAUAUCUGUUACCAGAUAUUCGUUGAGUCGUUGCUGUGCAGUAGUCACGUGGAAAACGUGGUUCUGGCCGGUCAGCUGAUGCACUGUUCAGCGUCUGGCCAGGACGUGCAGCCUGUGGGAGUGUCGUUCAGGGAGCGGAGUCGGGCUGGGUUCACGGCGAGGGUCGGGUACGACACAGCAGUGGAGCUAGUCCUGGCCGCUGCCAGGGAAUAUUUCAACUCAUCCACCACCCUCACAGACCCGUGCAUGGGCCUGGCCCGGGCCUGUCUCCAGCUGAUUUCUGAUUGUCCGGCUGCAGUUCAAGAGGAGCUGGAUCUGAUCAGCGCCCUCUCUGUCCUGGAGGACCUAAACGUCAAAAUACUGCCACUACAAGUGCGUCUCCGUCCCGACCGGCUGUCCAUUGUGAAGGAGUGUGUGUCUCAGUGUCCUUCAGCCUACAGACAAUCAGCCCUCCUCCUGGACCUGGCUACACAACUCAGGGUUGCAGGUGGUGAUGAAUGGCGUCGCCGAGGACAAGUGUUAACUCUGUUAGCAGAACAAGCUCUGCAGGCGUUGGACUUCAACACCUCCUACAUUCAUUGUCAGGACCUUAUGGCUUCAGGUUAUGGAGAUGCCUGGGAGGUGUGCAGCCUGCUGGGACAGUGUGAGGGAUAUUUGGACCUCCGUGCGCGCCGUGAGCUGCUGGCCUUCUCUCUCACACACUGUCCCCCCGCUAGCAUCUACCCCCUACUGGCUGCCUCCAGUGACCUCCAGACGCAGGUGUUGUACCAGGAUGUCAACUUCCAGAGGAGCAGGCCUGAAGCUCAGAGUGGAUAUGAAGAAGCCCAGACUGACUUCAUACAGCCUGGUGGUCCUCCCAGCUCUGCGUCCUCAGUAGGUGGCGCUGCAGGAGACCUGCUCCAUCGUACCACCACCAGAACCAUGGAGGCGCUGACUAGCACCACCCUGACCACCAAGGCUGUUCUGACCGCCGUGGGCGACCACGCCUGGUGGAAGAACCAACUCCAGUACCUCAGACCACUGCAUGGUGGAGGGUCAAAGGUCGAGGUUGGAGAAGAGGGGAACAGUGCUCUAGAGAGACAGGGUGUGAACCCAUUCUACCAGGGACUGUUUGAUGACCCCUACAUAGACCAGAGUGAAGAUGUUUACGGAUCGUACGACAACGUUCCCCGGGAGCGUUUCGCCGAGGUUCUGAUCCAGACCGGGAAGCUGGCAGAGACCCAGUCUGAGGGAAAAACGAUAUUCCCUGCCACUGAGGUGUUACUACAACUGGCUAUGGAUGCAUUUCCCAGAGAUAUGACGCUAGCUCUGGCCUACUUACUGGCCCUGCCACAGGUGCUGGAUGCCAACAGGUGUUUUGAGAAGCAGAGCCACUCGGCUCUCAGCCUUCAGCUGGCUGCUUUCUACUACAGCCUGCAGAUCUACACCCGUCUGGCGCCGUGUUUCAAGGACAGGACCCACCCGCUCUACAGAGUUGACCCCAAGGAGCUGAUCCGAUUGGUCACCCAGCAUGUCACGGCCCACUCCGAUUGGCCAGCCGACGUGGAGCUGCUGAUUGGUCAGCUGCAGGUGUAUAACGAGCGUCUAACGGAUCUGACUCAGGCCCAGGUCUUACAGGGUCUUGGUCGUGGUGUGGAUGUUCAACGGUUCAGUUCCGACAGAGACUACAAAAAACACACCAUUUUGGGACUAGCUGAGACUCUUGAUGAUAGUGUGUGGCGGAUCAGUGUUUCCCUUGCCCAUCGCUACAACAUCCCACUGUGGGACAUUUACAUGACGCACCUGGAGUAUCUGUUCACUGACAGCAGUCUCUCUACGAAGGAGAUUGAAGUUCGUGUGGACACCUUAGGCCUGUUGGCCACAUUGAAGUCUGACCCUGACGCGUUCUACAGUCACAUGUCCAAAUAUGUUCUGCCCAGUGUGGAAGGAACUGACCUGGCUAGACUGUUGUUUUUCUAUACUUUGUUGGAGGCGUGUGGUUGUGGUUGCCACGCCUCUUCUACCAUUUCUCCUGACAUCCACGUCAAGCUGCUUAAGAAGCUACGCGCCAUCGCUAACGGGCUAAACUACCACAAGCUUACAGACGAGAUGUCUGACCCCUUGGACGCUCUGGAACCAGUUCUAACCAGUCAGAAUGUCCUGUCUAUUUCCAAACUGGCCAAUCGGCUUCCUCGCCCAGGAGGAGGCGUGGUCUCAGCCAGCGCGGUUCAUGCUACAUGGCUGAAGAAGCUGUUUUGGAUGGGCGACCCACAGGUGUUGAAGAGACCCCCCCAGACAGACCAGGAUUUCCUUCAUGCGUACGACACCUGUGCCAAAUACCUGGACAGACUUCUCCCUGCUGACGCUGUCCACUUCCUGGAUGAAAUCACGUUCUCUGAGCAAGCAGCCAAUAAGCUAAGUGUUGGUGUUCGUUCGGAGGUGAUGAAGAGGGCGAUGAAGGCUCUGCGCCAGCUGGGAGAGAAGACAAAGAAAAGGGGUGGGGCCAUCGGGGAACAUGACGGAAGCUCUGCCAUUGGCUUCGAUGAUGCCCUCUCUCACCUGCAACAGUCCCUGGCCCACCUGGACUCGCUUGGUGACGCCUUCAUCCAGUCAUUGAAAGGCAGCAACCAGGGUCGUCUGCAGGCCUAUGGCCGUGCUUAUGACCUGUCCCGUUCGGACCGCUCCCAGGUCCAGGCGCUGGCCGUCACCAUGGCAACAGAUGGGGAGCCGCUGGACCGAAUUGGAGCUCUGUUGCGGGUCGCCGUGGGUGACCUGGACCUGUCAAUCAAUUCCAUUCUUCAGGUGGCUGUAGGGAAAAUAGUCUCCGCCCUCAGUGGAGACGAAGAGGCACUGAAGGAUUACCCAGAACCCCUCAGGGUUUUGGAGGCGAUUGUCACAGCCGUGCACAACAAUGUUCAGAGCGGGGAAUCUGUGGUUGGUUCUGAUGAUUUGUUGGCGUGGUUACGGCCGUUCUGUGGCGACAGUUCUCUAGCGGUACGGCCCCGCAUCGAGGUUCUCCAGAUCCUGGAGAACAACUUCAGUCUGCGAGACAGUGAUGUCCGUCUACUGCUGCUUUACAGAACCCAAGCCGUGCUGAAAAAUACACAGGUGGAAAUGGACUCCAUAGAGGAUGAGGACAAGAGGUAUUCUCUCUUCCUCCAGCUGCUAGGCAACAGCAGUAAGUGGGAGGAGUUUCAGCAGCUGAUGCUCCUCCUACAAGCAUGGCCUCCUAUGAUGAAACAGGAAGUGGCUGAGAGUGAGCAUAACCCCUGGGUGCUGUUGACCUCUAACCUGAUGGAACACUGCAGAAGUCAGAGGUUGGAGGUCACUCUUGACCUGGGUCAGGAGAUCAUCGACAUGGUCCGCUCCCUCUACCCCUCCAAACACAGAUUACCUUUACAGUGUAUCAGACACAUAUCAUUUCUUCUUCUGGAACAGCCAGGCCUGAAGCUUCCUGCUCUCAAACUGAUGACUGAGAGUAAAGACCCACAGCUCUUAGAGCUGACCCUGGAUCAGAUUAAAAACCUCACGGAGGUGUCUGACCCGGAGCUGUUGUCUCUGCUGCUGGACGCUGGUCUGCUGGUGGAUUGCGUGUCCUCGCCGCUCUACGCCGCUCUCAGCACCCACCUGCUCUCCAGCCACCAGGAGGGGUGCUGGGACGUGGAGAAGGCCGCCGCGGAGCUACUGCAUGCCGGGUUCAAGGCUCAGGCCGGCUCCCUGCUUCUGGCCCACCGUGGGACUCACCCGGGCCUCAGCACGUUUAGCACGGCUCUGACUGUCCUCAGGAAGUGGCUGUAACACACACUCACGUCACGUCCAUACGUUUCUAUGCUGACAUACAUACUCCGUGUGUUCAUACAUCCCAGCAGACACCAUCCCUCCUUGGGUUAGAUAAUUUAGCAUAGCCACCCAUUUAAUUCUGUUCCUCUAUUAAUUGUUGUCUAAUAAACUAAUUGACCCCAGAGCCCCAUGCUGAGGACCUGAGCACAGCGAGGUAAUUGGCCACUAAUAGGGUGUAAGUUGUUCUUGUGCAUGUAAUUACAGGAAGCCGUGUGCGUGAUUGGCUGUUCAGUGUUCUGAAACAAAAAUAAAUAAACAUAAAUUCAUUCUAA